AUGUUUCUGCGCACAGCAGCCAAGCUGCUGCUCUCAGCCAGCGUGCUGGUGAGCUCAGCUCUUGCACACAACAUCCAGCUCCCAGCCCACGGGCGCGAAUGCUUCCACGAGAACCUGCACCGCGAUGACAGGAUGACGGUCACUUUCCAAGUUGGCGACAGGGAGUUCGGAAGCUCUGGCAAUCUUGAUAUUGAUUUCUGGAUCACCAACCCUGUCGGCGGAUUCGAAGUAAACGAAAAGUCCAUCUCCAACGGCGACUUCUCCUUCGAGGCCAAGCAUGACGGCAAGUACCUGUACUGCUUCGGCAACGAGCACUGGGGUGCCCACUCCAAAGAGGUCUCCUUCAACGUUCACGGCAUCGUCUACGUCUCCGAGGCCGAUGCCCCCCAGGAUCCCCUCGAGGUGGAGGUGCGCAAGCUGUCAGAAAUGCUGGAGCGGGUCAAGGAUGAGCAGGGCUAUAUCAUUGUUCGUGAGCGCACCCACCGUAACACGGCCGAGAGCACCAACAGCAGAGUCAAGUGGUGGAACUUGUUUGUUAUCGGUAUUGUCGUUGGCGAGAGCGUCUUCCAGGUCUGGUGGCUCAGGAGAUUCUUUGAGGUCAAGCGGGUUGUUUAA